ACGAGCAACCCUAGCAACGAGGCCGAACGAAUAUAAUUUCGGUGGCAAAAUUUUCGUGUGUUCUUUUUGAAAAUAAUAACAAAUUGCGCAUUUUAAAACUGAGGGAAAUGGUAGUUUAGCCUGUUAACUAACAUAGCAGCACAUCCAACAAGAAUCGUUCCUCGGCAAUCUACAAAUAAUAUUUUGUACAGUGCGUGCGUCGAAUAGACUGGGCAGCGGCCAUUUUGAGCAAAGGCAAAACGUCAGCACCCUUUGUACAAUUUUCCUACUGAGCUACGAUAAAUACCGCACUUUAGAAGCCGCCGAGAGCUUUUACGCUUAGAGUGAAAAGCUUGCUGAACGUAAACAAAACCAAAAACCACUCACAAAAAUUAGCAAAAUGGCUGAUGAAGAUAUCUCAUUGAACGAGGACCAGCUCUUGGAGUCGAUGGAAGAGACCAAUGGCGAGCAGGAGACUGAAAUUGUGACAGAGACUGAGGAGGAAGGCAGUAUGCAAAUCGACCCCGAGCUAGAGGCCAUCAAGGCCCGUGUCAAAGAGAUGGAGGAGGAGGCAGAAAAAAUAAAGCAAAUGCAGUCUGAAGUGGACAAACAAAUGGCCGGUGGAUCCACAACCGGUCUUGCUGCAGUGCCGCUUUCCCUCGAGGAGAAGCAGGAGAUCGACACGAGGUCCGUCUAUGUGGGGAAUGUGGACUACGGAGCAUCUGCGGAGGAGCUCGAAGCACAUUUUCAUGGAUGCGGCACCAUCAACCGUGUCACAAUCCUGUGUAACAAAGCUGACGGCCAUCCCAAGGGCUUUGCCUACAUUGAGUUUGGCUCAAAGGAGUUCGUUGAGACGGCCCUGGCCAUGAACGAAACCCUGUUCAGAGGUCGACAGAUCAAGGUCAUGUCAAAGCGCACAAACCGCCCAGGCCUUUCCACCACAAACCGCUUUGCCCGCGGCAGCUUCCGAGGGCGAGGAGCUCGUGCCUCAAGGGCCUGCUGCCACUCCACCUUCCGAGGCGCACGUCGAGCAAUAAGGGGUUACCGCGGCCGUGCCAAUUACUAUGCUCCCUACUGAUAAUUGUUAAAUAGAACCCACUAGUAAGAUUUUUUUACCAAUUUAUUUCAAAAAACAUUAUUUUAUUGCCAAACUUCUUUGCAAAAUAGAAAACAAAUAUAGAAAAGAAAAGAAAAGAGAAAACAACCCAAACAAGAGAAAAUGCCAGAAAAAAAUUAAUAAGAAUUGUUUUAAUAAUAAUUUAAAAAAAGAACAGCGGCAAGCAAAUAUAUUUACAAAACAGGCGAAAAAGAAGAAAACAAAAUCUACAAAAAAAAAUCAACAUGGACUUGGCUAUAAUGUUUUUUGAAGCACCCAACACCAAACACCCCUCUUUUCAUAUAUUUUUAUUUUCAAAUAAAAAAUCAAAAACCGAACGAAAAUAAAAAUCCAGAUAAUCCAAACAAAAAAAGCAUACAACUCGAGAGAAGUGGAGAAAAUAUAUAUAAAAGAGAACCACAAGCGAAAAGAAAAGAAGUUAAAAGAUGGCAAAAACUCGAGUAAAAGAAGGAUGAAAAAAUUAAAAUGCAAUAGACUAAAAGACGACAAAAUACUUGGAAAAUAAAUAAAAUGAAAACCACAAAAUAGAUAAAAGAGAAAAAUAAUAAUGAAAUUACCGGUCUUACGUUUAUAUAUUCGAAAAAAAAUAUAUAGAGUAAAGAAAAGAAAAUAUUGCAUUUUUCUGUCAAGAAGAAGAAACAAGAUGACAAAUAUAAACGAAUUAAACAAGCAAGCGUUCACGCCUUUCCUUUGGGCGGGACAAAUUUGGGAAAUAAAACCCUGCUCCUCCAUCAGCCAGCCAGACAGCCAUCCAGCUAGAAGAAGGAGCAGCAGCAGCAGUAGCUGUGCCGCAGCCAGACCAGUCAGCAGCAAUAUCAAACAAAUAAAUUAUUCAAAACAUGUUAAAGAAAAGAAUAAAGGAUACUUCAUUUUCAUUUAA